UGCAGCUUAGACAUUUUCUUUAUUAUAAAUGUUAGAUGUCUUUACAUUGCUGUAGUUGUAGUUCAUUGUUUUUGGUAUUAGCAUCAAGACUCGGUGUCCAUCAGUUGUGUUUAGUAAGCAGGCUAAUAAAUACAAAGGAGUAUUGUGAUGACUACAGACAGACUGUAGAUUUCCCCUCUAACACCUGUAAUGACUGAACUUUGAUGUGAUGUGUUUGUGUCUCUUCUCCUCCGUCUGCUCUCACAGGGAGAAGAUGAUCUGCAGCAUCCUGCCUCUCAUCAGCCUGACCUGCUGUGUCUGUGGAUCAUUUGUAGAGAAUGUGACACAGACCUCCUAUCAGGCAGAGGAGAACCACAACAUCACACUGGAGUGGAUGUUCACAACCAGAACCGACAGUUCCCCCAACUCACUUUUUAUCUACUGUGAACUGUCAGCUGAUCUCAGACCCUUAGUCCUGUUUCGUUUCCAGGAAGGUGUUGAGGUCCCAGAGUCUCAGGAUGAACAGUUUGCAGGACGAGUCCGGUGUGACGAAGACGUCCUCAGAGAAGGACGACUCAGACUUCACGUGUCCAGACUCAGGACCGAUGACUCGGGUCUGUACUGGUGUGACGUGCUCACAGGUUAUGGGAGGUACUCCGGGAAAUGCUGGCUCAAUGUCACUGGUGAGUUGACAGCAGCUCCUGAUGAGCCCAGACCUCAGAGACCAACAGUGAGUCCACAACCAGAGAGUCAGGGAAGGAUCGGCCUCUACGUUGGACUGGGACUGGGACUGGGACUGACAGCAGCAGCUCUCUGUGCUGGACUCUGCUUUGCCUUCAGACAUUAUUUUACUAAAUCUACUGAUAAGAAAGGAAACAUCUGUGCAGUCGUAAUGAGUUCCUCAGAGAAACAACCCAUCAGGACUAACAGGACUCUGUCUGGAGGACCCCCUUUGAAUGAGUCCUCAGAGUAUACAGUAGUCAGAACACAAGAGACUCAAGACUAUAUGAAAUGA